AUGCAUCAAUUACGUCUUGAAGAAGAAGAAGAAGAAGAAGAAGAAGAAGAAGAAGAAGAAGAAGAAGAUGAUGAUGAUGAUGAUGAUGAUGAUGAUGAUAAUGAUGAUAAUGAUAGCAAUGAUAAAGAUGGAAGUUCCCUUGUGCUCGAUCUCUGGGGGGCUCGCUCCGACAUAAUGGCAGCCGAUAUGAGCGGCGAGCAGAUGCAGGCCAAAAUUACCGCGGCCCGGCGCGAGGCGGAAGGCUUGAAGGACAAGAUCAAGCGUAGAAAGGAUGAACUGGCGGACACAACUCUUCGUCAAGUCGCGCAGAGCCAAACAGACACCCUACCCCGGAUCGCAAUGAAGCCCCGACGCACACUCAAGGGACACCUGGCCAAGAUCUAUGCCAUGCAUUGGGCCACCGACCGCCGUCACCUUGUCUCUGCUUCGCAGGAUGGAAAACUCAUUAUCUGGGAUGCUUACACCACAAACAAAAUCCACGCGAUCCCGCUGAGGUCAUCAUGGGUGAUGACCUGUGCUUACUCCCCCAGUGGGAACUACGUUGCCUGUGGUGGUCUGGAUAACAUCUGUUCGAUUUACAAUGUCUCUGCCAAUGAAGGCCCUACUCGUGUCGCGCGCGAGCUUUCCGGACACUCCGGCUAUCUCUCUUGCUGUCGAUUCAUCAAUGAUCGUCGAAUCAUCACGUCGUCGGGAGACAUGACUUGCAUGCUCUGGGAUAUUGAAACGGGCUCAAAAGUCACCGAAUUCGCGGACCAUCUUGGCGACGUCAUGUCCAUCAGCAUCAACCCUACCAAUCAGAAUAUUUUCGUUUCUGGUGCCUGUGAUGCCUUCGCUAAGCUUUGGGAUAUCCGUACCGGAAAGGCUGUCCAGACAUUUGCUGGUCACGAGUCAGAUAUCAACGCCAUCCAGUUCUUCCCCGAUGGAAAUGCUUUUGGUACCGGCUCCGAUGACACCUCAUGCCGUCUGUUUGACAUUCGCGCCGAUCGGGAACUCAACAUCUACCAGAGCGAUCAAAUAUUGUGUGGAAUUACAUCUGUUGCCUUCUCUGUCUCUGGAAGAUUGCUGUUUGCAGGAUACGACGACUUCGAAUGCAAGGUCUGGGAUGUUCUCCGAGGCGACAAGGUCGGUGCUCUGAGUGGCCACGAGAACCGUGUAAGCUGCUUGGGAGUUAGCAAUGAUGGAAUUAGUCUGUGCACUGGAUCUUGGGAUUCGUUGCUCAAGGUCUGGGCCUGGUAA